AUGAAUAGAAAAGGUUAAUAAGACUUCGAUAAUGCUGACAUAGAAAGCUUUGGAGAGAACAAAUAUAAUGAAAAACCUCUCUCAAAUAUUAAGCUUGCUAACGAUAAUACUAAAUAAAAUACUCCAGUAAAUAAAAGUGGAAAAGUACAUAAUCGUAACUCAUUGCUAGACGGAAACAAUGAUUUACCAGGACUUGCAAUAAAGGGAUAAAAAGCCUCAAGCAGUACUAAUACUAUUGUCAACCCAGUAAAACUAACAUUUGAAGAUGUGAGAUUUGAAGUUACUAUUAAGCUUAGUAAAAAUGAAGCAAGAGAAAAAGGAACAAAUUUUAUAAAAUAAGAAAUUAUCAAAGGAGUAUCUGGCUAUGCAAUGCCAGGUGAAACAUUAUACAUAAUGGGUUCUUCAGGUGCUGGUAAAACUUCUCUUUUAAACAUCCUCAGUGAUAGAGCUUCUAAUAAGGCAGGCACUAAGCUUAGUGGAAAGCUAAUGAUAAACGACAAGAACCCAUUAACUUAAGACGUAUUUGGGAGUAUAGCCGGUUAUGUAAUGCAAGAUGAUAUCCUAUUCUCAUAUUAUUCCCCAAGAUAAGCACUGAGAUUCGCUGCAAGACUUAAGCUUAAUAAUGUUCCAGAAGAAGAGCAGAAUAGUAAGGUGGAAUCCUUAUUAUAAGAACUUGGCCUAAGACAGUGUGCCGAUACUCCAAUCGGAGAUCAAUAAAGAAAGACACUAUCUGGAGGAGAAAGAAAAAGAGUCGCUAUCGGUGUAGAACUGAUAACAGACCCCUCAAUGAUACUCCUUGAUGAACCUACUUCAGGGCUUGAUAGUUUUAAAGCACUUUAGAUAGUAAGACUACUGAAUAGAUAAGCCAGAAAAGGAAAAACUGUAAUCUCAACUAUACAUCAGCCAGGUUCAGACUCUUUCGCCCUAUUUGAUAGAUUAAUUUAUAUGUGCGAUGGCCACAUUGUGUACUAAGGAAAAGCAUCUGACGUUGCCAGUUAUUUUAAGUAAAUUAACAUUCCAUGUCCUAAAUUCGCUAACCCUGCUGAUUUUAUCAUGAGAAUAACAACAGUCAACUAUCCUAAAUAGCCCAAUGAUGAGAAAAAAGUUGCUUAUCUAAAAUCUCAAUACGACCUUAAAUUACAAAAACAGAUUAAAGAGGAAUCGUACUAAGGAUCUUAUAAAGAAAUUGAUUUCGCUGAGAGAAAACUUAGUUAAGCCUCUGCUAUGAUAUAGUUCAAAGAACUAUUAAAAAGAAGUGGAUCUUAAUAACUACAAGACCCACAAGCUUUCACAAUAAAGAUUGUUUACUCAAUAUUCAUCGGGCUCCUUAGUUUGGCUCUUUUCUGGGAUCUAUCUGGAAAUAAUUUCGUAACAUAAUUUGGUUUAGCAGGAUAUCUCUUCUUUGGCUGUAUUAGCACAUUAUUCACUCACAUGCAAGGCAAUCUGUUGGCUUUUCAAAUAGAAAGACCGAUCUUCCUAAGAGAAAAGGCAAAUAAGAUGUAUGGAGUGCUCCCUUAUUAUUUAGCAAAGAGUAUAAUUGAAAUUCCUGUACUGGUAAUUUAGCCAAUGGUAUGGACAAUUGUUGUUUACUUUGGAGUUGGCUUAUCAAUUACAGCUAGUCAAUUCUUCUACUAUUACCUGAUAUUAUUCUUACUUUCAUUGAGUUCAUCAUCAUUUGGAAUGUUCGUCUCAAGUUUAUUCAAUUAAUAAGAAACUGCAUUAGCAAUAGCCCCAGUUAUUCUAAUGCCAAUGAUUAUGUUUAGUGGUUUCUUCUCAAAUGCUAGCACUUUCCAAUCUUGGAUCAGUUGGAUAUAGUACAUCUCUCCAAUCAGAUAUGCCCUGGAAGCAUUUGUUUGGAAUGAAUUUGGAGAAAGGAAAUAUGCAUCUAAUGAAGUUGAUCUAGUCAAAUUCUUAGGCUAUAAAAUAGGACUAGCAACCUGCCUUUGGAUUAUUGCAGCCCUUGCUAUAUUCUUUAGAGUAUUAACAGGUAUUUGCCUCAAAAUCUUAGCUGGAAAAUUCUAAUGA